CUUCAAGUUCCAAGCUGGAUGAAAUGCUUAACUUCCAAAAGGUUGCAUCUGACAAAACAGGUCUCGGAUAAAAUGGAGAACAAUAUCAUGUUAGACCAGAACAUUGAACUCCAAAGUGAAGACUUGGAGGUCCCAUUCUUCAACCUAGCUACCAUAGACAUUGCAACUAACAACUUUUCAAGCGAUAACAAGCUAGGUGAAGGAGGCUUUGGACUUGUAUACAAGGGUACACUAACAGAUGGACAUGAAAUUGCUGUGAAAAGGCUCUCACGAAGUUCUAUACAAGGAUUAAAUGAGUUUCAAAAUGAAGUUAUAUUGAUUGCCAAAUUGCAACACCGUAAUUUGGUUAGGCUUUUGGGCUAUUGCAUUGAAGGAGAUGAGACAAUGCUAAUCUAUGAAUACAUGCCCAACGGAAGCUUAGACUCCUCCAUUUUUGAUGAAACAAGAGCUAAAGUUUUAGGUUGGUCUAUAUGCUUCAACAUUAUUUGUGGGAUUGCGCGAGGGCUUCUCUAUCUUCAUGAGGACUCUAGAUUGAGAAUUAUACAUAGAGAUCUCAAAGCAAGUAAUGUUUUACUUGAUAGUAAGAUGAACCCAAAAAUUUCUGACUUUGGCAUGGCUAGAAUUUUUGGUGGAGAUCAGACUGAAGGAAAUACAGAGAGAGUGGUUGGAACUUAUGGUUAUAUGGCACCCGAAUAUGCCAUUGAUGGUAUAUUUUCAGUAAAAUCAGAUGUAUUUAGUUUUGGAAUAUUGUUGUUAGAGGUAUUAAGUGGAAAGAAAAAUCGAGGGUUUAUCCGUCCUGACCAAAGUCUAAACCUUGUUGCACAUGCAUGGAAUUUAUGGAAAGAAUGCAGGCCUUUAGAACUACUUGAUACUUGCUUAGAAGACUGUUGCAUCAUAUUGGAAUUUGUUCGUUGCCUCCAUAUAAGUUUCUUAUGUUUGCAACAACAUCUUGAAGAUCGGCCUAACAUGUCAUCUGUGGUUAUGAUGUUGCACGGUGAGAGUUCAUUACCUGAACCUAAAGAGCCUGCUUCCUUUAUAGGAAAAAGAUUAUCUUUAUCAAGCAAGAACCAAUCACCCUCAACCAAUGAAAUUACUAUUACACUGUUAGAGGCUCGAUAGCCAAACUUCAUAUCAAUUGCAUUAUUAAGUGCCACAUCAAAGACAUUUUCACAAUAAAUUUUAGGUGGUAAGUUGUUACUUGCUAUUACUAGUAGGCUAGAAAGUAAUUUCUGUGGUGGGUUCAAAUUAAAACCAACAACUACCUGCCACAUAUCAUUUGUUGUAAAAGUGUUAUUUGAAUAUUGUGAACAUAAAAUUUAUCUUUUACUUAUCCUAUAAUUGAUAUUUAUA